AUGCAUCAAACCUCGUCCCGUCUGCUGCGUCAGACCGAUGAUGACCGCCCAUUCACAAGAGAUCUCAAGGAUCUCUUCUCGACAUUGAUGGUCAGCUUGCCCUUGACUCCCCAUCGUGUCCGCUUCACAAAGGUCGAGCACACCUUCACCACCGAUGAAGCUCUGACCAACCUUGGUUCUCUCAAAUUCUCCCAGUCAAACCGCAUGCCCGACCCGAAAGACCCCUCAAGGAUCGUUACCACCACAACCACGACCACUUUCUCCAUGGCCAAGGAGAUGGCUCGCACCGUCUGCAACCGUUUCGUCGAAGCAAGAUUCGUCGAGUCAUUGGACGGCAAGACGGACUUCAGCUCGAGGAGUUCUGUGUGGCAAUUGACACCCAAGGGUAUGCGUGUUCUGACCCGUUUCUGCCAGCGUAACGGCAUCCACCAGCGCCAUGUCAACGAAUUGCUGGACUCCCCUCGCAACACCAUGCAACUCGUCAUCCUCGAACGUGUGCCCGAGAACGAUAACAUCAACAUCGACCGCGGUACCAUUGAGGUGGUCUUCAGACGUUUCUGUGGUGAGGAAGGCCCCAACCUCAAGAGCACUGCCACAGCCGACUCCGAGUCGAUACACGAUUACGCAACCGGCUUGGUCGGCGUGCACAUGAUGAGGUCUCGCAAGCAAUUUGAGAAAGACACACCCUACAUGUUUACUGGCAAGUCGGCCCUUGAUUGGCUCAUGGACUGCUGUAUGGUCGUGAACAGAAAAGAGGCCUGUGACAUUGCCCAGCAAUUCAUGGUCCACCAAUUGAUUGUAAACUUGACCGAAGAGCGCAACUCACCUGCCGCCUCGCGUUUCCAGCCCCUCAAGACUGCGCAUUACGGCGUUACUGAUAAGGGUAUGAGAAUUGCUGGCUGGGUCAGAAGCCCCAACGGAUCCAUCAACGGUGAGGCUGUUGUUGUCAAGCUGCCUCCUGGCGUAGCUCGUGAUUCCAACACCACUAGAAUGUCUCAAAUCAUUCACGACCCGGCGCAGCGUCUGGUCUUCCGCGAGUUCCUGCAAGAAACCCAUUGUGAGGAGAACCUUACCUUCUAUCUCGAAGUUAGAAGCUUCUUGCUCGAUUACAACUCGGCCAAGCGCUCUGUUCCUGCCCCUCGUCUGGACCUCAUCCGCGAAACCCUGGCUUCAGCAUACAGCUUGUACAAUGCCUUCCUUGCACCUGGUUCGCCCUGUGAGCUCAACAUUGACCACAACCUUCGCAACGCUCUUGCCAGUCGCAUGACCCGCGCCGUUGGUGAAGACACGGAGAUGAUUGCCAGCUUGGAUGAGGUAGCUACUUUGUUCGACCAGGCCCAGACCAGUGUCUUCAAGCUCAUGGCUAGCGAUUCGGUCCCCAAGUUUAGCAGGGAUCCCAAGUACAUCAGAAUGCUGGAGAACCGCACCAACUACGACCAGAUGAAUGCAGCCUUCUCUGCUGCCUCGGUCUCAUAA